CAUCAUCGACUCCAGCCGAGGAGCAGCCAUCUUUUUCCAAGACCAACAAUUUCACUUUCACCGAAGAAAAAUAAAUAGAUAUUUAUUUAUUAAUCAUCUCAAACAAGCGACUAUUCCGUUCCAAAGAGACAAAUACCAACGAACUCAAAGGAAAAUCGUUUGGAAGGCAGCGCCAUGACCUAUUGAGUUGUACAGCAGCACUGCCAGACAGUGUCCUCUCCUUGCUCCCUCUCGUACUGUCACAGCAACAACUGACAACAGCAGCUCUAUCUGCCCUGCUGGUUUCCAGGAGACCUGGCCUAGCUCCUCCUCCUGAGGAGUGCUGAGGCUGCAGCAUGGAGCCCCAGGGGAGUCUGGGAGUGGAGGGGGACUUCAGCCUGCAGCUGGCGCUGCUGGUGCCCAGCCUCCAGAGCGAGGCAGUAACCCACGAGCUGGAGGAUCUGACUAUGCAGACCAGUCCCAGCCUGCCGCCUCUCAAAGAGCGUAAGAACGUCCUCCAGCGCCGCCUGCAGCAGAGACGCACCCGUGAGCAGCUAGUGGAGCAGGGCAUCAUGCCACCACUGAAAUGCCCUGCUGCCUUCCACGAACAGAUCCGCAGCCUGCAGAGGUCCAGGACUGAGAACUUCUUGAAGCACAAAAUUCGCAGUAGACCUGAACGUUCAGAGCUGGUCCGCAUGCACAUCCUGCAAGAGACCCAUGUGGAGCCCUCACUGCAGGCCACUCAGAUGAUGCUGAAGAGAGCCAGGCUGGCUGAUGACCUCAAUGAGAAGCUGGCCCAGCGACCCGGCCCCAUGGAGCUGGUGGUCAAGAACAUUCUGCCUGUGGAACCCAGCCUCGUCAAGGACGGCGUCACCGAUCCCGUAGACGGUGAGGUGGAGAAUGACUUCCCCAAGACGAAAACACUGGAUGUGUACAACUUUGACGAGGACAGCGGCGAUGCCCUGUCCCCAGAGCAGCCGGCCAGCCAGGAGUCCCAGAGCUCCUCUGCUCCCUCACCCUCCCCCAGGACCCCCAGGGUCACAGAAGCCCCUAUUGCCCUCUCCAACUCCCCACCGACCAGCUCCAUCACCAUGCAGCACUGCCCACCUACCUCCCAGUCCACAACAGAUUUCUUCAACUUCUCUCAUGUCUCCACCAAUGAGCAUCAGAACAAUCGCCUGGUGACCACGCCUCAGCCAAUCGCCAUUGUUGUCCCUCCAAAGCCAGGGCCCAUGUUAGUAAAGCAAAGCCAACCAAAGACACCCAAUGACAAGAGCCGCGGUAAAAAGAAUAAGGAUCCCAAGCCGCGGGUGAAGAAGCUAAAGUACCAUCAGUACAUCCCCCCGGACCAGAAACAGGAGGCCAACGAGGCCCCCAUGGACUCAGCCUACGCCAGGCUCCUGCAUCAGCAGCAGCAGUUCCUCCAGCUGCAGAUACUGAGCCAGCAGCAGCAGCAUUAUAACUACCAGACCAUCCUGCCUGCCCCACUCAAGUCGAUGGAGGGUCAGAACAGCUGCUCCAACAUGUCUCUGAGUGGCAGCAGUCUGUCCAGUCCCAUCAUGGUCUCUCUACCCAGCGCUGCCCCAGCACGGUCUAACCAGACUCUGACAAACCGCAAGCCUGGUGUCCUGCCUGCCAACCUGGACGAAAUGAAGGUAGCUGAGCUGAAGAUGGAGCUGAAACUGCGAGGUCUUCCGGUGUCUGGCACCAAGACUGACCUGAUAGAGAGACUAAAGCCUUAUCAGGAGAUCCCCAGCAGCCAGGCUGCCACUGCCAUGGAGCUGACAGGCCACACAAGGGCCCCACAGCCUGAGAGCAUGAGCUCCACACCUCCUGUGUCCCCCGUGCCCUCGGAGGUCUCCAGCCUGGGCAUGGAGGAGGCUGGGAUGCCAGGAGCUCUUUCCCCAGCUCGGCCCACUCGUUCUGGGUCGUCUCCCCACCAAGGCAGCCUGGAGGACAGCCCAAUGGAGUCCAGAACCUCAGAGAAGGACCAGCGACUGCACGAGAAGGAGCGUCAGAUCGAGGAGCUGAUGAGGAAGCUGGAGCAGGAGCAGAGGCUGGUGGAGGAGCUGAAGAUGCAGCUAGAGGGGGAGAAGAGGGGUCAGCCCAGCCCUCCAGCCCACAUGGCCUUGGCCCAGGUCAAAGAAGAGGGCAGGGCUGCCUCAAACUGCUCUGCCUCUACACAUAGCCCACUAGCAGUGGUGAAACAGGAGGAGCCCAGCUCAGGCCAGGUACAGACGUCCCCCCUGCCUCAGUUCUUCAUCAGCCACCAGCAGGUGCCUCAGGUCCUCAGACAGCCCCAGCCUAAGACCUCGCUGUCUGGCCAGUCUGGAACACAGAUCCCGCUGCCUGUCUCCCUGCCCACCAGCACAGCCACCAUCCAGCUACCGAACAACAGCAUUAAGCUGCAGGUCAGAGAGCCGGUCCUGCAGACCACAGUUAGCACUACAGCUCCAGGCCACAUCCAGAAAAUAGAGGCCACAGCACCCCACCAACAACAACACACCACCCAGACCCAACCCAUGCCACAGAGAGAGUGUGUACCACGGUGUGAACCACCGUUCAUCAUUCCUCUACAGACGACAGUCCCACUGUGCACCACCACCACCUCAGGGUCUGGGUUCCAGUUCAGAGCAGGCCCAGGUCAGACAGAGAUCCACCAGUGUUUCCUAAACACCUCCCCAGGGAGCAGGUCCCCUGCCAGGGCCUCGUCCAACCAAGCAGUCCCCAAUGGUUCAACAAACAAGUCCCCCUCUGCCUGCCAGCCCAACUUCUCAAACCAUGUCCCCAAGAGUAAGGACCCGCCACGCUACGAAGAGGCUGUUAAACAGACGCGCAGAAUGCAGACUGCUGCACAGGUGCCUACUGCAACCAGUCAGCACAUGGACGACCUGUUUGACGUGUUGAUCGAGAGUGGAGAAAUCUCCUCAUUCAUCAGACAGGACCCUUCCUUUCCAGACAAGCUGCUUCCUGUGACCGCCAGCGUAACCACCCUGCCCUUCAACACGGUGCUAUCCCGCCCCCCGCCCCAGAUCCUGGUGGCCCGCCCGUCCGCCCCCACCCUUAACCCCCCGGCCCCACCCAGCCUGACAGCCCUGGCCAUAGACAACCAGCUGGAGGCCUUUCUGGAAGGCACGCUGAAGGGGGAGACUGAGCCCCGGACACUGAGGUUGAUGGAAGAGCUGCACAGUCAACUGCUGGAGCACUCGCCCCACUCCCCCAUGGACACGGACACCACCGAGUUCAACAAUGUCAGUGCACCCCCAUCCAGCUACCACCUGGACCACACCAACCUGGACAACAUGGAGUGGCUGGACCUGACCAUGCCCGGGCCGACGGGGGGGCUCAACCCACUGGGCCUUACCCCGUCUGGGGUCUUCUCCUCUGACUUCCUGGAUUCCCAUGACCUGCAGCUACACUGGGACUAAGGGUUGUCAAUGUGACCCCCCCCCACCCCACCAAACAGGCCUAUUCAGACAGAGGCCUGUCAGGGAGAGACACACACAUACUGAUAAGUGAGACGGAGAGCACACUCCUUCUCCUGUGGAGGUGGGGGAGGAGAGUGCAGUGCUGCUGGCCUUGAGUCCCUGUGGGAAGUUCUGUGCAGGGCUACAGCAGCACUGAUGGUGGAUCUCACUGCUCUGAGCAAAUCAGAGUGCUAGAGGCAGGACCCUCCUUCCUCACUGGAUAUACAGUGUAGCUGUUUCCCUCUGAGAUAUCGUCCCUCGUAACAGCCACUCAUUCUAAGGAAGGCUAAGCCCCCGCUGGGCUGUGGUAUAGAUCAAUGGUAUGAAGAGGUUGGUCUCCCCCCUGUGAUCUCUUUCAGAAGAGGACCUGGUCUGAGGAAGGGUGGUCUCUCCUGAAAUGGCGUUACAGUAGAUAGGAUGAGAACUCGCUAGUGGAAACAGAUGUUGACCCAGGUGUUACGGAGAAUUUCACACCUGGUUCUGACUGCGCCAGUGGCAUGGCUACUGACUGACUUUCGUGUCACAUUUGACAGACAGCGCAGAGAGAUUGUAUAUAUUAUAAGCCUAUGUCUACAGUAGCAGUAGUCUGUCUGCUCUGCUGCAUACAUCACUAAGGCAGCUGUAUUACAGUCCUGUAUGUACGUAUAUGUAUGUAUGUAUGUAUGUAUGUAUGUAUGUAUGUAUGUAUGUAUGUAUGUAUGUAUGUAUGUAUGUAUGUAUGUAUGUAUGUAUGUAUGUAUGUAUGUAUGUAUAUGACCUAUUGGAAUGUGGUAUUAGCUUAGCAUUAUGGCUUUCAAAUAACUGCCUUUGCUUUACUCAGUGCCCCCAUGCGAUUCCCAUCACAGAAGGGAAUUGGAUGCUAAAACACUGCACAUAUUGCAUUAUGCCUUAUAAGACCAUUUGCCAAAUAUCUUGCUAUUUUCAAGGUGUUGCUUUCACUUAAUUCAACUAAAGACUUUCCAAAGAGUACACAGCGUGAUGACGGAUUGUGUUGUCACUCAAACGAAGCUGGAGACUACUUGAAGUGAGUUAACAGUAAGCAGCCUUAUAUCAUGUAAGAUCAAACAGUGAGUGCAUGAAACCCACAUUUAGUAUCAUUGGUUGACAAUACGAGAGCUGUCGGCCUGAGAAUUCUUGAAUUCAUCAGAAUUAGAAGUUGAGAGGCAUCACAUUUUUAGAAGCUGUUGUUCUUACUCUAUUCUUAUGUGGGGGAGAGUAGGGCCAAUGUGAGUUUAUUUACCAAACUGCAACGUGCUUUGCCUUAGUGUCCAUGGGGUCACAAUAGGUGGCAGAGCACCCCCCCCCAGCACUGCUGUAGCUUGCCAGGCACAUGCCUAUGUCCUUUAUAUUAUCGACAAAAGAGCCUUUGAAAAUGUUCUCUCUCUCAACCCUAUUGUCAAGUCUGGAGUGGAUUUAUCCCAAUGUACAGAUCAGCUGAAUCCUACUUGUUUAUGUGUGACAUGCAUUGCACCUGAGCUAGAGCUGGUGUGUAGAGCUGGUGUCUUGUGUGUGCACUGCACAUCUGUGUUGCAUAUCGCUUUUGCUUGUUUUGACUCUAGGAACUGGCAGAAAUAUAGCCUGUAAAUUCCCCUCGGCAUUUCAAUCGCUCUCUUCAAUAUACCGUCUGACCUUAGUUGGCUGACAUACCGAGAACAAGUUGACAUCAUUCAGUUUGACAAGCCAGGGAGUCAUAGUGAAUCAGCAGAGGUGGUUCAAGGCUGUCUUGUGCUUUUGUGAUCAGCUUAGAAAUAUAUGUGGCUAUAGUCUUGCAGGUUCAAAUGUAAGCAUCGUUAUUGUAUCAUUUAGUAGGCCUAAUGUGUCUCUAUUCAUGAAGCCUUAGUCCAGCAGAUUAUGUAGGGUUGAGAUUCCAGUCACUCACAUCAAGAGGCAACCUUUCAAAACACAGCAGUGUGUGAUCCAUAUGUACCAUCACUACCAACAGAUGGGUAUUAAAAUUAUCUCCACACUGAUGUAAUAGCCUUGGUUUUCACUACUCACUCCCAAGUAUUUGUUCAGGUCAAAAUCCUACAUGAUUAUUGCAAUCGUACACAUGUAGUUAAACAUUUAAUUACAGUGACAUAUACUGGCCAAAGAUAAAACGUGAAAGCAUUUGAAGUGUUGAAACCGACGGGGUUGAAAUGGGUUAAGGCAGAGGAGGUUACAGACGGGUUGACUUUACAAAAGUUGGCAGUCUUCUUGUUCAAGCAGUCUGAGCUACGCAACGGAUAACUGCAUUUAGAAACACAGAAACCUUUCUGCAAUUUGGUAGAGCCCCUCCAAAAAUGGAAGAAGCUUUAAAACACUAUUCGGCAUGAUAAAGUUUGACGCACCAUCGACAGCAUAAGCAUUCCUUAGAAAUACAUUGCAGACCGUGCUAAAGAAAUGUCAUUUCAAUGGUUUGGAUCAAUUCUAGCCUACCUGUCUGUCCCCUACCAAAGAAAAUUACUUAAAGGUCCUACUUAAAGCCAUUUUUUUUUAUCUCAAUAUCAAAUAAUUUCUGAGUAACAAUGAAGUACCUUACUGUGAUAAUUUUUAGUGAAAACAAUCAAAAUGUAACUAAAACAGCUUUUUAGAAAAUAGCAAUUUCUCUAGCAAUAAUUUUACUAUGACUGUCUGGGAGUGAUCUGAGUAGGGAGGGGAAAACUGAAAACUAGCUGAUGUUGGCAGAGGUUUGGAACUCUUUCUUAUUGGUCUAUUAACUAAUUUACCGCCUGGCAAACCAAAACUUCAUCCCACGUAAACAGGCUGAAAUUUCAGGCAGCCUUUUUAAACAGCUCUAAAGACUGAAAGGGCAUUAUCAUCAUUUUCACAGUAUUAUUCCAACCUCAUAGUGCUGAAACACACAGUGUACAAAACACCUGCUCUUUACAGGUGAAUCCAGGUGGAAACUAUGAUCUCUUAUUGAUGUCUCCUGUUAAAUCCACUUCAAUCAGUGUAGAUGAAGGGGAGGAGACAGGUUAAAGAACGAUUUUUUUUAAAUCCUUGAGACAAUUGAGACAUGGAUUGUGUAUGUGUGCCAUUCAGAGGGUGAAUGGGCAAGAGAAAAGAUUGAAGUGCCUUUGAACAAGGUAUGGUAGUAGGUGCCAGGCACACCUGGGGGUUUUUCAUGCUCAACAGUUUCCCAUGUGUAUCAAGAAUGGUCCACCCCCAAAAAGAACAUCCAGCCAACUUGAGACAACUGUGAGAAGCAAGCAUUGGCGUAAACAUGGGCCAGCAUCCCUGUGGAACACUUCAACACCUUGUAGUCCAUGCGCCGACGAAUUGAGGCUGUUUUGGGGGGGAAAGGAGGGUGCAACGCAAUGUUAGGAAGCUGUUCCUAAUGUUCUGUACACUCAAGUGUAUAUAACACAGGAAACACUAAAUGUGUUUGAAUGCACAGGGCCUUUAAGAGCCUCAAUGUCACACAUUUCUGUUAGAAAAACAAACAGUUUACACUGUGAGUGGAUAAAAAUGGGUAGCUAAUCAAAAAAAACAUUGCCUGCUCCUGAUUGGUCUUUGUGUACAACGUUGUUUUUGUCUGCGCAUCAGUGCCCCAUUGAUCAUGUGUCCAAACUACAGAAAGGGAGAAUGAGCUGGAAUCAGAAGUAAUUUUAUUUGUACUAUACUAGUAUAGCCCCUUUCCUUGCAAUAGUGUAUUGAUACAUAGUAUGCCAUACAUUUUGCACAUUGUGUAUAUAUUUUGUCAUGCAUUUUAUUUUAUUUUUACAAACGUAGCACAUGAGCUCUUUUCAUACAUUUUAUACAAACGUAGCACAUCUAAGCUCUUUUGUAUUAAGACUGUUUGGUGUAUACUGUAUGCGUACUACUGUAUACCCAUAAUGUGUGUGUAUAUAUAUAUAUAGCUGUUUUGUGUCAAUAAAUGGUCAUGUACA